AUGAAGCAGGAACACUUGAUUUCACCUCAGCUACCGCACAUAGUCUGCAUCAUCCGACAUUCAAUGAUCCUCGUGACUGUGACAAUUGCCCUGAUCUUGCUCAAUGUCCGAUUCUGUAGCUGUUGUAAGUCGACAAGUUCUGACAAUUAUCUCCCCAUUUGCAGCUGGAUUUUUGCUAGCUGCUAAGCGGCAUACCAACAUCGACAUUGCUUACGAGGUGCCAGCAUCCUCCCGGGUAUGUAAAAUGUCGAAAUUUGCUUUAUUAAGAAAUGUAAAAUCGAAAUAUUACUGUGGCUUUCUCCGUACAGUUCAAGUCUUCCGAAUCAGGAUUUUUGCAUCGAUCGGGAGGACAUCCCUGCGAACCUCCGACUAAAUGUGUAGAAUUCUAUCCAAGUGAGUUGUUGAGUCUUCUACAAUUUGUCACUUCAAAUUCGCAAACUCAAACACACCCACGAAACAAAGGCCAUUAAAUCGGGGUUUUUCGAAUAGAUGGUCAGAUCACAAAUGGUAGUCUGCAAAUUGUAAAUUCAAAUAUUAAGGAUAGCUAAUUCGUGAAUUGUUUUUUUUCGGAAAAAAGGAAGAAGGAGUUUUCUGAUCAAAGACGGAACUUACGAAAACUACUCUGCGGUUAUUCUCACACCCGAAAAUCCCGAAAAGGCAAAAAUUGCGAUCGUCGUAGUGAACGAAGGGGAAUUCUUCCCAGGUAUAUAUUCAAAAUUCUCUACUGUAUAUAAAGUCGUGAUAUCUGAUAAUCGUUAAUAAAACCAAACAGCAAGAAAAUCUUCCUCAAAUAUAUGUCAUUUCAAUUCCACAACUCAGAUUUUUCUUAUGUUAUCAGAGAUCCCCGAUGUUGAUUACAUAAAACCCAUUGUCUCACACCCGGCCUAUUCGAGACCAAUUUCUGUGGUCAUGGAUGAAAACAUAAAGGUACCAAAAGACCACAUUCAUUUCAUUUAUACUGUAAUUCUUCUGUAAAUUAACAUUUACAUUUACAAUCAAAAUCCUGAUUGAGAUGCGAAGUCUUAAAUGAAUCAAAUUUUCUAUUUCAAGGAGAUCAGGCUGCUGGGAAAUAUCAGCAGAUAUGGGACGUCAUCAGCCAGGAAGGGACUGAAGAUAAUUAUCCCCUAUGGUAAGUUGCGCUUCACGUUACUAUGCUCAAGAUCUGGCGGAGAUGGAUAAUUUCAUUUUCCAUUUAAGAACAAGUCGACAUCGAGGACUAUAAAAUCAUGCGGGUAACGGGACGUGUGAAGACUGAGAACCUAGCCUUUUCUCUGACAUAUGACGCUGGGAAAAAAGAAACCUACCGAUUUCUGGCCUACGACGGCGCACCCAUCUUGAUGUAUUCCACACAUUUUCUUGAAUGGCCCAAACUUAACUAA